AUGUUUACUCCGACUGAUUCAAAAACUGGUGAACCAAUACCAAUAACUGGAUUUUACCGUGUUCUGAUUAUAAGUGGUUCUUGGCCAUUAAAGCCAAAUACUCAUUGGAUAUUAAAAUUUUUUUAUUAUUUACUGACAUUGUGCUCUGCUGUUACAGCAAAAUUCUUUCGUUAUUGUAAUUUUUUAUAUCGUCGUUAUGAUUUCUGUAUUUUACUAAACAACUUUUACAAUGACAUUUUCAUUAAACCCUAUGAAAAAGGAUAUAGUUAUACUAAAAUGAUGAUAAGGCCAGUUGAAUUUAUGUAUGUGUCUUAUAUAUUAGCAUAUAUAUGGUUUGCUGGCCAACCAAUUGUAACUUAUUAUAUAUUGGGUUAUGAAAGUGAACCAUUACCACGCCGAAUAUUAGGUAUUUUAAAUAUUGAAGGAACAUUAUUAAGAUUUGUACUGUAUUCGAUUGUAAUUUGGGUAACAAUGUCAACAGCGACUUAUAUGGGAAUUGAAUCAUACAUAACUGGUCUAUGUUUAAUACAUUUGAUAGCACGUUUUAAAAAUUUAAAUGAGGAAAUUAUAAAUACAUUUAAUGAUAUAAAUUCUGGUGGAAAAAUUCCAAUUGAAAAUGGUGUUCAAUUUUUAAAUGAUCGUUUAACAAAACUAUUUAAACAACAGCAGAAACUAAAAAUAUUUGGGGGAAUGCUGAACGACAAUUUUUCAUUUCGAUAUUUUUGCAUUGUCUUAUCAAGUGCAUUAAUUUUAUGCUUAGUUGUUUUCAUUAUGGCAGAAGGUACCCGAAAUAUUGUUACUUUAAUGUUUGUGUUUUGGGCUUGUGGGGCUAUCUCGGAACAAAUUGCAGUCGGUUACAUUGGAUCAGAACUAAUUUAUUUGACUGAAAAUAUGAGUACAACAUUUUAUUCUUGUAAUUGGGAAACAAUACUUUUAAAUUCAAAUAUUUCAAAUAAAGCUAAAAAAUCUUUGCUUCUACAUAUAUACACAAUAAUGAUAGCAUCAACAAAACCCAUUAAAAUUACUGGAUUGAAUUUCUUUGAUUUAUCAAUUGUGACAGCAUUUAAUCUUACUGCAAAGGUUAAUUAUAUUAUGGUAAAACUUCAUAUAGUACAAGCAGUUGAAGAAGCGUAA